UCUUCCAAAGAUCUCAACCUUCAAAACUCACAAGUCCAUACCCAAUUAGUCAAUAGUCACACACCAAAAGAGAGAAAGAGAAAAUAGUGAGAUAGUUAAGGAGGAAAAGAAAAACAACAAACAACAUAAACCAUAAGUAUACACAAAGCUCAUAGUCAUGGUCGUUGCCACCAUGGCCCCAUGGCGUCACAAGGCGGUGCCGGAGGCAAAUACCCUUGGCAUCCUCGCCUUCGACGCCGGAAAAACCAUGUGCAGCCUCAUCUCCCUCUACCACUCCCUCUCCGACGAAGAAAUCACCAAGCUUCGCACCGAGGUGAUCAAAACAAAAGGUGUCACAUACUUGAAUUCCCAACAUGAGUGCUUCCUCCUCAACCUCGCCGCCGCCGAGCGCCUCGAGGAGCUCGACACGGCUGCCGACACCGUCUCGCGACUCGGCCGGAAAUGUUCCGACCCCAGCCUGAGCCAGUUCGACCUUGUCUAUGCAGAUCACAAGGUCGGUCUCAUCGACCUCCGGAAGUUAGGUUACAGUACCCGUAACACUCCUAAGAUCAUUUCCAAAAUGGAAAAAUUUGUCUCUUCGACUAGAAGUCUGCAUUCUGCCAUGGAAAACAUGGCAGAGUUAGAGACUUCUGAGAAGAAGAGACAACAUUGGAAAGCUAAUAACUAUAACUAUGGAAAACACAACUUUGAACAUUUGAAUGAGCAGAUAGGAUAUCAUAGAAAGCAAGUGGAGCAUUACAAGGAAGUGUCACUAUGGAACCAAUCAUUGGACAAAACAGUUGGGAUCAUGGCUAAGGUUAUUUGCAUUGUCUACGCUAGAUUAUGUUGUGUGUUCGGAGCCUACAUUUCUAAUUGCAACUGCUAUAACGACAGCAAUUGUUGUUGCCUCUUGGAACACCGCGAGUUGUACAAGAAAAAUAACUGUCUCUACGAGGAAUCACUUUACAAGCGUGUAACAAGAUCGGGUCCUAUUCCCAAGGGUAGUAACAACAAAACCGGUGUGAUCCGGUUCUUGAACCAUGACGUUGGGGAAUUCGAUAAGCCAAUGAGUAGUGGUAACAAUAGGGUUUUGAGGCUGGCGCCGCCGUCCACGGUGGGCGGGGCGGGGCUUGCGGCGAGGUACGCGGAGGUGGUUUUGUUUGCGGAGCGGUGUCUGCGGGCGCCGGCGACGGUGGGGGAGGAGGCGCGGGAGGCGAUGUAUGAGAUGCUGCCGGAGGGGGUGAGGCGGAAGGUGGGGGCGAAGCUGCGGGGGCGGUGGCGGAGGGAGGAGGAGGAGGGGGAGGCGCUGGCUGAGGGGUGGCGGGACGCGGUGGAGGAGCUUUUGGAGUGGCUGUUGCCGGUGGCCCACGACACCGUGCAGUGGCGGGCGGAGAGGCUGAUGGAGAAGGCGAGGUUUGAGACGAGGACGACGGCGCUGCUGCUGCAGACGCUGCAUUACUCCGACUUGGAGAAGACAGAGGCUGCCAUUGUGGAGGUGUUGGUGGGUUUGAGUUGCAUAUACAGGUGUGAGAGAAGGUGAAAUGGAUAUAAGACUUUAACUCAACCCUACCCUACCCACUAAAAUAAAAUAAUUUUGUGUCAUUUGAUUCACAUAAUUAAUACAAGAUUCAAGCUCAAGAGUAUGAUGAAGUUCAACAAUUUCGUAUCAAAUUUUUCUCCUGCUGAGUGGUAAAAAUAAAAGAAAGGGUUGAUCUCUCAUAUGAAGUUUGAAAUUAGCUAGUUACAAGCAUAAUUUAAAUUGCAGUUUAUGGUCAUGGAUAGUGAGAAUUCUUGAGUAAGGGAAAGAUGAUGCAAGGAAAUUAUAUUAGGCAUGGUUUUUGUAGUCUUAAUAGUAGCCCUUUUGAUGAAAUUUAAUUUAAUUUUUAAUUUUUUGAUUAAUUAAUUUAUGAUUAGUCCUUAUUUGUAAUAUAGAAGCUAGCAUGGAAUGAAAUAGAUUUUAAAUAA